CCCUGGGACUGCGGCGCUAGGCGUCUUCGUGGCCGCGCCUUCGGAGCGGGCCCGGGCGCGUAGCAGUGGCGGCCUCGCCACUCUAGCCCACUCCUGCUCGCCGCCUCCAGCCUCCGCAGCCAGAGGACCGUUGGCGGCGGCGCGGCCCAGCCGCGGAGGUCGGAGCGGCCGCCAGCUGCCCGGCUCUGGCGCGCCUCCAUGACACUGGGCGCCGGGGGCGCGGGGAGAUGCUGAUCCGGAAGAGGCAAUGGCUGCAGUGCCGCCCGCGCGGCCGCUCCCUGCCCGCCGUCCGGCCCGGGCUGCUCUGUCAGAGUUUUUGAUCUAACGCGAAACGGGCACGGAACCUGAGCGGCAGCAGCGCGACGGCGCCGGCAUCGUCCUAACUUGCACGCGCGGAGUGACCCCAGCCAUUUCACUAAAAUGAGCGUGCUUAGCAGGAAGAGAUGUGUUCCUUACACUAGAAAUUACCCCGUCACAUGUAGCGGUGUCCCAAUUAAUGGAUUCUGACAUGGAUUAUGAAAGGCCAAACGUAGAGACCAUCAAGUGCGUGGUAGUGGGGGACAACGCUGUGGGCAAGACCAGGCUCAUCUGUGCCCGGGCCUGCAAUGCCACCCUCACCCAGUACCAGCUGCUCGCCACCCAUGUGCCCACAGUUUGGGCCAUCGACCAGUACCGGGUGUGUCAGGAGGUGCUGGAACGUUCCCGAGACGUGGUAGAUGAUGUCAGCGUGUCCCUCCGUCUCUGGGACACUUUUGGAGAUCACCACAAAGACCGUCGCUUUGCUUAUGGGAGAUCCGAUGUGGUGGUUCUGUGCUUCUCCAUCGCCAACCCCAACUCCCUCCACCAUGUCAAGACCAUGUGGUACCCA